AUGAGAACAGGGCAGCCUCUGCCACAACCGUCACCGUCUCUCCCAUCGAGAAAUCGACCGCUGUCGUCUGCAGAACCGUAUGCUGAAAGGGAAAUUAGUUGGUAUCAUCAUAUUCAUCUUGGGGAAAUUCAUGUUGAUAAAGAGUGGCCUUGGGCAACACCUGCACUACAUCAUCUUGCCCAUGAAAUCCUACAGAAGAGUGAAACACCAUUACGUAUUUUAGUGAUCUUACAUUAUCCGGGUAUUGUUUAUCGGCUAAAAGACGAUUAUGAUAAUGCUAUUGAUUGUUUAAAUAGAUUUAUAACAGACUACAUUUCUAUUACUAAAGAAACGGUUGCACUUGUACUCAACAAUACAAGUGGUAUAACUGUGGAAGGUCCAUGUAAAGAAUUUAACGAUGAUAUUGCCAAUGCUCUCGAUGCCAAACCCAAUAUGAAAUCACGCGGUACUCAGUAUUCUAUACUAGAUAUAACAGUCAAAAAAUGUUGUAUAAUUUGUGGAGAAUUAUUUAAAAAAGGUGUUGAAGUUUUGACAUGCAGAAUAUCUUCAUGUAAAAAUUCUAUGCAUGUUCGCUGUUAG